AUGCUCGCGCCAAUGGGCCUCCAUGCGCACCUCCGCCAGCAACUGUUCAAGAGCCGAUUACGGCCGGUCGUCCAGGGUGGUGUUCGGGUGCCCAGUCUGCCACUGGGGCCCUUGCAGUGUAGAAUAGCUCCCCGAUGCCUGCAUACGGCAGCACCACCGAGAUUACCACGGCCUACACUACGGAGUCAAGGCUUCCGAUACUUGACAGGUGACUCCUCUCAACCCCCAGCAUCCCCCACACCUUCAUCAUCAACAACCAAGGUAUCUCCCUCACAAACUCCGGAGACUACUGCAUCAGAAGUCAAACCCCCACGUCCAUCAAUACUCGCCCGGUUAACGUCCAAUGUGUCUUUGACUCCGGAGGAGGGAGAGAGUGGGAAAGACACUGGAAACAGCAAUAUCAGGAAGCUCAUGUCACUGGCAAAGCCCGAGCAGAAAGACUUGACUAUAGCUAUUGGUCUGCUUCUUGUCUCUAGUGCUGUAUCCAUGCUGGUCCCUCUGACUAUCGGUAAAUUGAUCGACUUUUUCUCUACCCACGCUUCUACAUUCCUCGGAUUGUCCUUUCCCGUCGCAGCUGGCAUACUCGCGGUCACGUUCUGUGUCGGCGCUGCUGCCAAUGCCGGGCGAGCUAUCAUCAUGAGGACAAGUGGUCAACGCAUUAUCGCUCGUAUCAGAAAUCAGGCCUACUUUGCGACCCUUCGCCAAGAACCCGAAUUCGCUGACCGCUCUGCCGGUGACAUUGUCUCGCGUCUCAGCGUCGACACCAAUAUCCUCGGAGACUCUGUCACGAGCAACCUCUCUGAUGGUCUCCGUGCCCUCGUCUCUGCCACUGCCGGUGUUGCCGCCAUGUUCUGGAUCUCCGCCAAACUGACUUUUGUCAUGCUUUGCGUGGUACCCCCCGUCUCGCUCGGAGCAGUCUUCUACGGCCGAUACCUUCGCAAGCUUUCCAACAAGACUCAGGAGGCUGUCGGUGACAUGUCAAAGAUUGCCGAGGAAAAGCUCAACGCGUUCAAGACUGUGGCCGCUUAUAAUUCGCAAUCUCUGGAGGCGAAUCUGUUUGCGGGCAAAGUCGAUAGCAUUUUUCAGUUGGCAAAGAAGGAGGCAUACAUGACGGGUAUCUUCUGGGGUCUGACGGGAUUGACGGGUAAUCUGGCCAUGCUGUGCCUCUUGGGUUACGGCGGUCACUUGGUAUCCAUCGCCGAAAUCACUGUCGGAGACUUGACAUCCCUCUUGAUGUACAGUGCCUACGUCGGUGGCUCCGUCUCUGGCCUCACCGGAUUCUUCACAGGCCUCAUGCGCGGUGUCGGUGCAGGCGGCCGUGUGUUCUGGCUUCUCGACCGCCAAUCCCGCAUUCCCCUCGACGUCGGUACCCGUCUCCCUCUCACCCGUAAUGGACCAAUCGUUUUCGAGAACGUCAAGUUCCGUUACCCCUCCAGGAAGGAAGUGCAGGUCUUGAAGGGCAUCGAUAUGACUGUCGAGCCGGGGACGAGUGUGGCGCUGGUGGGGUCCAGUGGUAGUGGAAAGAGUUCCGUCCAGGCGUUGAUCAGUCGAUUCUAUGAUCCUGAAGAGGGACGUAUCACCUUUGAUGGGACUGAUAUCAAAGAAUUCACUCCCGAGUCAUGGCGGUCGAGAAUUGGUGUCGUCUUCCAAGACCCUAUCCUCUUUGCUGGCACGGUACACGAAAACAUUGCCUAUGGUUCGCCCGAUAUCAGCAGAGAAGAUGUAGAGGAAGCCGCUCGAGCGGCCAAUUGUGAUUUCAUCUGGAGCCUUCCUGAUGGUUUCGACACUAUGAUUGGAAAAGGUAGCUUGAGUGGUGGACAGAGACAGAGGAUCAGUAUCGCCCGAGCGCUCGUGAGGAACCCCUCAAUAUUGCUUCUCGACGAAGCUACCUCCGCGCUCGACAGUGCCUCUGAAAACGCAGUCAACGCUGCCAUCGACGACAUCAUUCGCCACCGAAACAUCACCGUCAUUCUCGCUGCCCAUCGAUUGUCUAGUAUCGCCCGGGCAGAGAAGAUUGUGGUGCUCGAGAAUGGUGUCGUUUCUGAAACUGGGCGAUAUGAUGUUCUGUCGAGGAAGGAAGGGAGUCGGUUCAGGACUCUCAUGGCUGCUCAGCUUUUGGUGGAGAAAAACUCGGAGGCGAUCCCCGAGCAAGAAGAGAGCGCGGAAAAGUCACAGCUGGAGGAAGCUCUGGUCGUGGAGAAGCGGGAGUGA